UGGUAUAAUAUUAUGUGUUUUUGCUCAUCCACUGGCAGUAUAUGAAAGAGCAGCUGGACAUAGUUACAGAAUUAUUGUAAUAAUUACAGUCCAACCACACAGUAGUGAUCACAGUUUUUUCUUCGAUAUCCGUUCGUCAACUUAAUAUUCAAACUUUUUUUCUUAAUUUCAGCAGAAGAAAUGGCAGCAUACAAACUCACUUACUUCAAUUUUCCUGCCCUGGCAGAGCCUAUCAGGUUUCUCUUGUCUUAUUUGAAAAUCGAAUUUGAAGAUGUUCGGUUUGAACGUGAAGAAUGGCCAUCAAUCAAGCCCAAAAUGCCCUUUCUUCAAGUACCAAUUUUAGAAAUCGAUGGUAAAAUACUGAAUCAAACAUCAGCCAUAUGCCGUUAUUUAUCAAAAAAAGUUGGAUUAGCCGGUAGCGACGAUUGGGAAUCUUUACUGAUCGACAUCGCUGUCGACAACUUUACUGACUUUCGAAAGGCUAUCGCAUUGGCAGCGUUUGAUCCAAAUGAAGAAUCUAAAGCUAAAAAAUUUGAAACUUUGAUAAACGAAACUAUUCCAUUUUAUAUGAACAAAUUUGAAAAUAUUGUGGGUGAAAACGAUGGAUACUUUGUAAAUGGAAAGCUGUCUUGGGCUGAUCUAUAUUUUGUUGCUAUAAUAGAUUUUUUGGGUUAUUUGGCAAAAGUGAAUCUACUAGAAGGUCGUACAAAAUUACAAGAGCUUAAAAAAAAUGUAUCGGAAAUACCUGAAAUUAAAUCAUGGAUCAUCAAAAGACCUGCAUUCUCAUAUGAUGUGUAAGACUGAUUUUGAGUUUACUGCUAGUAUUGACAUGAUCCCUUUAAGAUUGAUUUUAAUGAAGUAACUAUCAAUUAUUAUGAUAUUAUAUGUCAUAUGCGUCAGGUGAUUGGUCACCAUACCAUUGUAAGUUAAUUAAGAUCAUUUAAUAAAUGCUUGUUGCAAAUAUUAGAAAAAAUACUGUAACUA